CUAUUAUCGGCGGGGCUGCUCACCACUGAGCUCUCCUCAGGGGCAGUUCCGUGAUUUCGGGGGCGGAUUAUGGGCCUUCUCGACAAGCUCUGGGACGACACCCUCGCCGGGCCUCGCCCCGAGACCGGCCUCGGCCGCCUCCGGAAGCACUCCUCCUUCGGCUUUCGCUCCAAUUCCGGCGGCAAAGCAGAGGGAGCGGCGGCGGGCCGAGGGAUCGCCGGAUCGGAUACCGGCGGCGGCGACGAGGUCGCAGUGCGGGUGACACGGAGCAUCAUGAUCAAGAGGCCGGCCGGGUGCCCGUCCCCGGGGAAUGCCACACCGCCGGCUUCGCCCGCGGGAUCUACGCCCCCCAUCUCCCCCUUUUCCGGAGGCAGGGAGUGGAACAGAUUUAAGAGGAAAUCACCAUUUGAUGCUUAUGAAAGAGUGGGACGAGGAGAAGGAGGAGGAAUGGUGGGUGUCGGAACACAGGAUGCUGCUGCUCCUCAUGAGGUUUGAGCUGUGCUGAGCUCCCUCUUCUCUCCUGUGUUCUUAUUAGAUUACUAACCUUCUCCAGGAGAAAGAGAGAUGCAUGUCAAGGUCAGGGUUUCUUUCUUUGAUGUCCUACCUAUUUUGUUGAUGCUUGUAGAAUUCUAGGUGUGUGGAGGGGGUGAGAGUCCAUAGAGGAGCUCUCUUUAAGUGUAGGGUUGGGGAGGCUGUUUGCUCCUUUGUUGUUAGUGCCACUUGUUAUGUUAUGAUGUCUUUUGCAUGUUAAUCACUGGUGAAUGCAUUUUCUGGAU